AUGGCGGAGCAAGGUCCGAUGGCCAUAGCGAUGCGGCUACGAAAUCAGCUACAGUCCGUCUACAAACUGGACCCGCUGAGAAAUGAGGAGGAGGUCAAGUUGAAGAUCAAGGACCUGAACGAACAUAUUGUCUGCUACCUUUGUGCGGGCUACUUCAUAGAUGCCACAACGAUUACAGAGUGUUUGCAUACCUUCUGCAAAAGCUGCAUUGUCAAAUAUCUGCAAACAAGCAAAUAUUGUCCAAUGUGCAACAUAAAAAUACAUGAAACACAGCCUUUACUCAACCUCAAACUGGAUCGAGUGAUGCAAGACAUUGUCUACAAACUGGUGCCUGGACUACAAGAAAGUGAAGAUAAAAGAAUAAAGGAAUUUUAUCAGUCACGCGGCCUAGAAAGAGUUAUCCAGCCUGCUGGGGACGAUGCUAUGCCAGAUGCGACAGGUUUACCGUACACAAGCUUCGACCACUCCAAAGCCCACUUCUACAGAUAUGAUGAGCAGGUUUCGCUGUGUUUAGAAAGGUUAAGUUCAUCACUUGCUGGAAAAGAUAAGACGAAACUUACCCUCCAGCAGAAGUUUGUGCGCUGUUCUGUCCGAGCGGAAGUGAGACACCUACGGAAAGUGCUUUGUCAUCGGCUAAACGUGGAAAAACACCAGGUCCAGAUGUUAUUUAAUAAUGAGUCUCUUCCCGAUCACAUGACCAUGAAACGGUUAUGGCUAUUACACUGGUUUGGAAAGGCCCAACCGUUAGUCCUUCACUACACCAUCAAGGACAAAAGGACCAGAUAGGAUUUGUUUUCAGUCUGAGGACAGCUGUACAUAUUUUGUACAAUACAUAUUCUAUUUUAAUAGUGUUUGUGUACAUAUACUUAU